AUGGCAGAACAAGAAGCCAUUCCCAUACCCAUACCGGGUAACAGAUCCGAUGCCCCCUCGACCGACAGCGACGCGGGCGGCAGCGCUUUGACGCCAGAUCCCAGCGAUACCCCGGGACUCAGCACAUCACCCCCAGAACACGCCGUCGCUGAUACUCCAACCCUGGGUCCCACGACUCCGAGCGCAAGACUGUCUAGGAAUCCUUCGUUCUCCGGGAGCAGCUCAUACCAAGAAGACUGGGAGGCCUUCCCUCCCUUAGACCGUCUGAGUGUCCUCGACAUUCUGGACAACUUUGCUCUUCCUCAACAGUUGGAGAAACUCCAAAAGGGGCUAUCGGCGCAGACAAAAAAGGUUCGCCAGUCCAGAGAUGCGUUUAAGUCACAAAGUCAAAAGGCUCGCGAGCGGAUGGUUGAGGAGUGGAGGAAGCGCGUGCCUUCAGCAGAAGAGCAGCUGGAUCGGUAUAGAAAGCGUAUGCGAACGAGCGUGGACAAGCUGGGACGGCAAUGGAACGAUACAAAGGCCAUCACGCUGCGCGAGAAAGUCUCUUUUAUCUGCGGCGUCAUGAAUAUUUUCCUCAGUGGCUAUUUCAUCGGAGCUUUCCCCGAGUACUUCCACUGGUGGUACACGGUCCAAAUCCUCUAUUUCAUGCCGAUCCGCUACUACACAUACCAUAAGAGGGGCUAUCACUACUUCCUGGCAGACCUAUGCUACUUUGUCAACUUUCUCCUGAUAUUGAGCAUAUGGGCUUUCCCGAAUUCGAAACGACUCUUCACAGCAACGUUCUGCCUAGCCUUUGGCAACAACGCGGUCGCCAUCAUCAUGUGGCGGAACUCGCUCGUUUUCCACAGCUUCGACAAGGUCACCUCGCUCUUCAUACACGUCAUGCCCUGCGUGACUCUCCACUGUAUCGUUCAUCUCUUUAGCCCAGAGCACCAAAAAGAGCGCUUCCCCGCCGUCUGGACAAUCAAGACCUCGCCGCCGGGCUCACCGACCGCGUACGCGAACGUCCUCUCGAUGCUCGCCUGGAGCACCAUCCCCUACGCGGUGUGGCAGCUGUCGUACUACUUCUUCAUUACGGUGCGGCGGCGCGAGAAGAUCGCCGCGGGGCGCCCGACGUCCUUCACCUGGCUGCGCAAGAGCUACUCCAAGUCGUGGAUCGGCCGGCUCGUGCUCGGCCUGCCCGCCGCGCUGCAGGAGCCCGCCUUCAUGCUCAUCCAGUACCUCUACGCCGUGCUGACCAUGGUCCCCUGCCCGCUGUGGUUCUACAGCCGCUGGGCCUCCGCCACCUUCCUGCUCUUCGUCUUCGUCUGGAGCGUCUACAACGGCUCCACCUACUACAUCGACGUCUUCGGCAAGCGCUUCCAGAAGGAGCUCGAGGCCAUGCGCGCAGAGGUCGCAAAGUGGCAGAACAGCCCGGAGAGCAUGCUGGCUUCUCCAGUCCUCACGCCACACCCGGACCACCAGCCCGGCGGCGGCGGCGGCGGCGAGGAAAAGGACAAGCUGCACGCCGAGCUGCUGGGCAACGCCCAGGACGUCGGCGUCGACAACAUCCCGCUGCUGAGCGAGGAGAAGGGCAGGAGUCAUUCCAGCGAUGCGCUGUCGUCGGGCGUCGACGGCGGCGCGCGGGACGUCGCCAGGGAGCGCAAGGUCAGCGAGGAUUCAAGAUUUUGA